UGCAGCAAGGAUUCCUAGCACAUCCCAGUUGCCAUAGCAACAGCAGUCUUUCCCAUAAUGAGCUGCAUCAUCUGAACUGAUGUCACAGCAUCAUGCAGCAGGUCAAACAAGGCAUUUCCUAGUAUUGCAUCCUACAGAUGUGCUGUAAACAUCAAAAGAAGACGGUGGGAGCAGGAGAUGCUGUUUUGGAAAGAAGUGAGGUUUAGACUUCUCCAUGUUAACCAUGAGCGUGACACUUUCCCCCCUGAGGUCACAGGACCCGGAUCCCAUGGCUACUGAUGCUUCACCCAUGGCUAUCAACGUGACACCUACUGUGGAGCAGGGCGAGGAAGAGGAGGCCAUGAAGGACACGGAGCCCCGGCAGCAGUACGGAAAGCCGCCCCCGCUGCACACAGGGGCAGACUGGAAGAUUGUCCUGCACUUGCCCGAGAUUGAGACCUGGCUCCGGAUGACCUCAGAGCGGGUCCGUGACCUCACAUAUUCAGUCCAGCAGGACUCAGACAGUAAGCAUGUGGAUGUGCACCUAGUUCAACUGAAGGACAUUUGUGAAGACAUUUCCGACCAUGUUGAGCAGAUCCAUGCCCUCCUUGAAACAGAGUUCUCCCUAAAGCUGCUGUCUUACUCCGUCAAUGUGAUUGUGGACAUCCAUGCUGUGCAGCUCCUCUGGCACCAGCUCCGAGUAUCCGUGCUGGUCCUGCGAGAGCGCAUCCUGCAAGGACUGCAGGACGCCAAUGGCAACUACACCAGGCAGACUGACAUUCUGCAAGCUUUCUCCGAAGAGACACAGGAGGGCCGGCUUGAUUCUCUAACAGAAGUGGAUGACUCAGGGCAGUUGACUAUCAAAUGUUCUCAAAAUUACUUAUCUCUGGAUUGCGGUAUCACUGCAUUUGAACUUUCUGACUACAGUCCAAGUGAAGACUUACUUGGUGGCCUGGGUGACAUGACCUCUGGCCAAGUCAAAACUAAACCUUUUGACUCUUGGAGCUACAGUGAGAUGGAAAAGGAGUUCCCUGAGCUUAUCCGCAGUGUGGGGCUACUAACGGUGGCUGCGGAGCCCGUCCCCCCCAACUGCAGUGAGGCAGUGGGCAGUGAGGAGGUCCCUCAAGUGUCUCUUUCAGCGGAGCACGAAGGUGGGCGUGAGGAAACCAAUGCCUCGGCAGCUGAAGGGCAACCAACCUUCCCAUCGGGGAUGUCAUCUUUAGGGGACCGGCUGACAACUGCUGCUCCAUCCUCUUCUGAGGCUGCAAAGCAAGAAUCCAGCCCCUCCCAACAGCCUGGAGCAGGGACCCCCCAGCCUAUUCCCUGUGAAAAUACAACCCCAAAACGAUCCAUCCGAGAUUGCUUUAAUUAUAACGAGGACUCUCCCACACAGCCCACGUUGCCAAAAAGGGGGCUUUUCCUCAAAGACGGAGUCUGUAAGAAUGAGCUGAGAGGCAGUGAUGGCAAGAAGCAGAUGGCUGAUCUAAAGCCCGAGCUGAGCAGAAGCACCCCUUCCCUUGUGGACCCCCCUGACAGAUCGAAGCUCUGCCUGGUGUUACGGUCUUCCUACCCCAACAGCCCGUCUGCUGCCAGCCAAUCUUAUGAGUGUUUGCACAAGGUGGGGGUUGGAAAUAUUGAAAACAUAGUCAAAAGUCACAUUAAAGAAAUCUCUUCCAGCCUGGGAAGGCUUACUGACUGCCAUAAAGAGAAACCCCGACCGAAAAAGCCACAGAAAAAGCCCUCAGGAGAGAUGCAUGUGUGUCGAACUCCGAAGCGAGGCACCAGCUCAGGCAAGCAAGCUAAAGGCACAAGGAGCUCAGCAGUGGCAAAUGGCAUGCCUUCGGGGGCCUCCAGGGGCGUGGGGGGACCCGAAACACAUUCUGCACUCACGUCCUCCCCUGAGCCGGGCCACCACAUAUGCCCUAAUGGCCAAUUGCCAGAGAGAUCAGAGGCCUCGAGUUCACCCCCUUUCACUCUCAGCAGCGAGUCCUCCCUUGGCUCCGACAGCACGCUGUCUCCAGUGCCGCUGGUCUCCAAACACGACAGCAGGAAAGGCCACUCCUCCGCCCCGAGUCAUGUCACCCAGAAUGGUCAGGUGGUGGAGGCCUGGUACGGCUCCGAUGAAUACCUGGCGCUGCCCUCCCACCUUAAGCAGACGGAAGUGUUGGCUUUACAGCUGGAAAGCCUAACAAAGCUUCUGCCCCAGAAGCCCAGAGGAGAGACCGUCCAGAAUAUUGAUGACUGGGAACUGUCUGAAAUGAAUUCCGACUCUGAGAUCUAUCCCACAUACCAAGUCAAGAGAAAACACACGAGGCUAGGCAGGGUGUCUCCGAGCUCAUCCAGUGACAUAGCCUCCUCUCUGGGGGAGAGCAUUGAAUCUGGGCCUCUGAGCGACAUUCUUUCUGAUGAGGACUUGUGUCUGCCUCUCUCUGGCCUGAAAAAGGACAUCAGUGACAAAUCAGAGAGACCUUCAUCCUCUGAGAAAAAUGAGAGCCAUUCCAUCGCAAAAUCAGCUUUGAUUCAGAAACUGAUACAAGAUAUUCAACACCAAGAGAACUAUGAAGCCAUAUGGGAAAAAAUCGAGGGUUUUGUAAACAAGCUGGAUGAAUUUAUUCAGUGGCUAAAUGAGGCCAUGGAGACCACAGAGAACUGGACACCCCCCAAAGCUGAGACCGAUAGCCUUAAACUGUACCUGGAGACACACUUGAGUUUUAAGUUGAAUGUGGACAGUCACUGCGCACUCCAGGAAGCUGUGGAGGAGGAAGGACACCAGCUUCUCGAGCUCUUUGCUUCUCACAAAGCAGAAGGGCUGAAGGACAUGCUGAAGAUGAUCGCAAGUCAGUGGAAGGAGCUGCAGAGGCAAAUCAAACGGCAGCACAGCUGGAUUCUCCGAGCCCUGGACACCAUCAAAGCCCAGAUCCUGGCUACUGAUGUGUCUGUGGAGGAUGAGGAAGGGACGGGAAGCCCCAAGGCUGAGGUUCAGCUAUGCUACCUGGAAGCUCAAAGAGAUGCUGUUGAGCAGAUGUCCCUCAAGCUAUACAGCGAGCAGUAUUCCAGUAGCAGCAAGAGAAAAGAAGAGUUUGCGGAUAUGUCAAAAGUUCAUUCCGCGGGAAGCAAUGGGCUUCUGGACUUUGAUUCAGAAUAUCAGGAGCUCUGGGAUUGGCUGAUUGACAUGGAGUCCCUCGUGAUGGACAGCCAUGACCUGAUGAUGUCAGAGGAGCAGCAGCAGCAACUUUACAAGCGGUACAGUGUGGAAAUGUCCAUCAGACACCUGAAAAAGACAGAGCUGCUUAGUAAGGUUGAAGCUUUGAAGAAAGGUGGCGUUUUACUACCAAAUGAUCUCCUUGAAAAAGUGGAUUCAAUUAAUGAAAAGUGGGAACUGCUUGGGAAAACCCUAAGAGAGAAGAUACAGGACACAAUGGCAGGGCACAGUGGGUCAGGUCCACGUGACCUGCUCUCUCCUGAAAGCGGAAGCCUGGUAAGGCAGCUGGAGGUCAGGAUCAAAGAACUGAAAGGCUGGCUAAGAGAUACAGAGCUUUUCAUCUUCAAUUCCUGUCUGAGACAAGAAAAGGAAGGAACAAUGAAUGCUGAGAAACAACUCCAAUACUUUAAGUCCCUUUGCCGUGAAAUCAAGCAGCGGCGUCGAGGAGUGGCCUCCAUCCUGCGGUUAUGCCAGCAUCUUCUGGAUGACCGGGACACCUGUAACCUAAAUGCAGAUCACCAGCCCAUGCAGCUGAUCAUUGUAAACCUUGAAAGAAGGUGGGAAGCCAUUGUCAUGCAAGCUGUUCAGUGGCAGACACGGCUGCAAAAGAACAUGGCGAAGGAAUCUGAGACUUUGAAUGUGAUUGAUCCUGGCCUGAUGGAUCUAAAUGGGAUGAGUGAGGAUGCCCUGGAAUGGGAUGAAACAGAUAUAAGUAACAAGCUAAUUAGUUUGAAUGAAGACUCAAAUGACCACGAUCAAGACCCCCAAGCUAUCAUACCUUCGUUGAAGCUUGAAGAGACAAGUAGUGAGGGCAUUGAUUAUGAGGAAGAGGCUGGUGACCAUAAGGGAUUGUCAUAUGCCUCAAAUAUCACUGCACCCUCCAGCCCGCACAUUUACCAAGUGUAUAGUCUUCACAAUGUUGAACUCUGUGAAGAUAGCCACAUGCCAUUUCUAAAAAAUAACUCAAAGUUCAGAGGCAUGACUCAGUCUAACACUUUAACCAAGAGCCUCAGUAAAGAUUCUUCUUUUUCAUCUACUAAGUCACUACCAGAUCUUAUAGGGGCUUCCAGCUUGGGGAAGCCCUGCCUGUGCCACAGUGGAGAUAUGAGCCAGAAUUCUGGCAGCGAGAGUGGAAUCGUCAGUGAAGGAGACAAUGAAAUGCCUACCAACUCUGAGAUGUGCUUUCUCAGUAUGGUAGAUGGGUCCCCACGUAACCCUGAAACUGAACAUCUGGACCCACAAAUGGGAGAUGCGGUUAACGUGUUAACACAAAAGUUUAAAGAUGAGGAGGAAUGCAUUAAACUUCCAAAUAGCUCUCAGUCAUCCAUCUCACCAGUGGGUUGUGUAAAUGGCAAAGCAGGAGAUCUAAACAGCGUUACCAAACAUGCCCCUGAUUGUUUAGGAGAAGAAUUACAAGGAAAACAUGAUGUGUUUACAUUUUAUGAUUACUCCUACCUCCAAGGCUCAAAACUCAAAUUACCAAUGAUAAUGAAACAGUCCCAAAGUGAAAAAGCACAUAUGGAGGAUCCCCUUCUUCGUGGCUUUUAUUUGGAUAAAAAAUCCUCCAAAUCUAAACACCAGGCUUCAGAGUUACAGACCGACACACUUCCCCACGAAAAGAUUUUGGCAAGUGCAUCCCGUGAAGUGGGUCGCAGCUCAUACAAAAGUAGUGACAUACAGAAGACAUUCACUGGCAUUCCAAGUGGCAGGCAACUCUCCCUCUUAUCCCGUAGUUCAUCUAUAGAGUCUCUUUCUCCAGGGGCUGAUUUAUUUGGAUUGGGUACCUUCAAAAAUGGCAGUGAUAGUCUACAGCGAAGCACUUCUUUAGAAAGUUGGUUGACAUCCUAUAAAAGUAAUGAAGAUCUUUUUAGCUGUCACAGCUCUGGAGACAUAAGUGUGAGCAGUGGCUCUGUUGGUGAGCUGAGUAAAAGGACAUUAGACCUCCUGAAUCGUUUGGAGAAUAUCCAGAGCCCCUCAGAGCAAAAGAUAAAGCGAAGUGUUUCUGAUAUCACUCUCCAAAGUAAUUCUCAAAAGAUGUCCUUUACUGGCCAGAUGUCACUGGACGUAGCAUCUUCUAUUAAUGAAGACUCCCCAGCAUCUCUCACAGAACUGAGUAGCAGUGAUGAGCUCUCUCUUUGCUCAGAGGAUAUUGUGUUACACAAGAACAAGGUACCGGAAUCAAAUGCGUCAUUCAGGAAGCGCCUGAAUCGCUCGGUGGCUGAUGAGAGUGAUGUCAAUGUUAGCAUGAUUGUUAAUGUCUCUUGCACCUCUGCCUGCACUGAUGAUGAGGAUGAUAGCGACCUCCUCUCCAGCUCUACUCUCACCUUGACCGAAGAAGAACUUUGCAUCAAAGAUGAGGACGAUGACUCCAGUAUUGCAACCGAUGAUGAAAUUUAUGAAGAAAGCAACCUGAUGUCAGGGCUGGACUACAUAAAGAAUGAAUUACAGACCUGGAUUAGGCCAAAACUUUCCUUGACAAGAGAAAAGAAACGUUGCAAUGUCACUGAUGAUAUAAAGGUCAGCAAAGAUGGAGGCAGUAGUGAGAUGACCAAUCCUUCUGAUGCUCUGAACAUUGAAGCUCUGCUAAACGGCUCCAUGAAAUGUCUCUCUGAAAAGAAUGGAAAUGGAAAAACCUUAUGUCACACUCAUGAGUUAGGAACAAAAGGUGAAAAUAAGAAAAACAUUUAUGAAAUUAAUAAAGAUCCAUAUGUGGCAGACAUGGAAAAUGGCAAUGUUGAAAGUACUUCAGAGAGGCACAAGGAUGAGGUGAAUGGGGUUUCAAAGACCCCAGAAGAUCUUGGUUCAAGUGGGAAGAAGGCUUCAGGAAGUAAACAUUGUAAGUGUCAAGCUUUUAUGGAUGGUUCCGAUGAAUCAAACAUUGCUGGAAAGGACUUUGUUCCUCCAAAUACCCGACAUCUUCCCAAGAUAGGUUCAAAUCACCACCAUUUUGAAAAUCAAAGUGCUGAUUGCACUCCUGUUGAGAAGUCUUGCUCAGAACUGUUGUUAGAAACCACUGUUAAUACCAGACAGGACCAUAGGGCACUGGAAUCUUCAUCUAAUGAUGCACCAAGUGAGGCUGGAAAAUCUGCUGGCUGUUGCUUACUUGAACAAAAUGAGAUGGGAGAGAACGCUCCUAUUAAUGAAAGCACUUCCUGUUGCAACUGUGAGCCAGAUGUUUUUCAUCAGAGAGAUGCUGAAGAGUGUUCAGUCCACAACUUUGUAAAGGAAAUCAUCGACAUGGCUUCAACAGCCCUGAAAAGUAAAUCUCAAACUGAAAAUGAGGUAGCUGCUUCUUCUUCAUUGACUCAGAUCAAGGAGAAAGUGUUGGAACAUUCUCAUCGGCCCAUCCAGCUGAGGAAAGGGGACUUUUAUUCCUACUUAUCUCUCUCAUCUCAUGAUAGUGAUUGUGGGGAGGUCACCAAUUACGUGGAAGAGAAGAGCAACACUCCCUUGCCACUAGAUGCUGUUGACUCUGGGGUCGAUGACAUUGAAUGCUUCUUUGAGGCCUGCGUUGAGGAUGGCCCUGUGAUAGAGGAGUCCCAUCUCUCUAGUUCUUUUCCAAAUGAAUCAGCAGUUCCUGAUGAAACUGCAAUGUCGCUAGAACAUAGCUCUUCUAUGUUCAGUGAUGCCACUCUCGUAGUGGAUGGUGCAGGCAUAGAGGCCUUUCUAAAACCUCCCCCUCAAAAAGGAGCUGGUGUGGGAGAGGAAGAUAAUGUGUCUCAUGCUUCCCAUGGCUGUAAAGAAAGCUCAGAGCUUGUUACUCCUCCAAGACUGGGCGGUGAAAAGGAGAGUUCAGGAAAAUCCAGAAUGCCAGAAGGAAGAAGUGCCACUGCUUCAGCCAAAUCUAAAGCUCUAGGCCCCUCCUUGAAGGCUCAUCAGCCAAAAGACAAGGCCAUACUGCCUCCAAGCCCCCAAACUGUGCCCUGCGAAGAAAAUCUUGUCAGCUUUCAUGAAGACCAAGGUCGAAAUAUGCAUAGAUAGACGGUAACGCCCCCAAGCAUGAAAACCAUCUCAUUGAAAGAUAGCCUGGCUGCAACUCAGGGUUGGCCUCAUCCUCCCACCCUGGGCUGAUCUCGGGUUCCAUCAUGCUGCCACUGCCUUCUGUCACACGGACUUUCCCAAGAUGAAUCUUCCUUUUGAAUGCAGUUUGCCCACACGGGCCUUGUGAUCUGGAUGUGCGCACUGGUUCUCUUUAGGUGAUCGUCUUUGACGUUCAACAACGCUGCUUGUUCUCCCUGUGGAUUCCUGUCCCGAGCUACCUCCACCAGCCCUCUCUCUCCAGCAAGACUUCUGUUUACCUCCUCCCCUCCCCAGAUGCUCUUUAAAGUUCUGCACUUCACCAAGUUGAUGGUCCAUUAAGUUCAUCUGUCUGGAAUGACCCUUUGCCAGUACUUGACUAAUUUUAUGUUUCAAUAUGAAUUUUUUAAAUGGUAUGAUACCUAUGUUUAUUGGAAGAGGUUUACCUAAAGGCUAGUAUUUGAUUCAGUUGCACCAUAGUGGAGAAACACUGGUCCUUCUUACCAAAUUGGGCAAUUGUUAAAAACACCAUUCUACAUAUUUCCUUUGAUUAAUGAUCUAUGCAGCACUUCAAGAAACAACUGUAAUGGUGUUGUAUAUUAUAAACUGGUGGCAUUCUAUUAUGUACAACAUUUUUGGUUUUUAUGCUUCUUGAGGUGGUAAUGAAGAAAAAAAAGAUUUGUUUUUUUAAAAAGUGUGCCUUGCUGUAUUUCUUAUACCAUUUAUUAUAAAGCUGCUUUCAUGGUAAUAUUACAUUGGUUUGAAAGGAGGAAAUAGCAAGGUUAAGAUGUGUGAAUAAUUUCUGUAUAUAUGUAUAACCAAGUACAAACAUUGAUGUAUAAUGACAGUAUAAAAUGCUUUCAUGGUUGUGAUGUCCAGUGAUGUGGAAAAUACAAGCCUUAAACUCAUUAGACUGCAUGGUAAUUAAAAUUGGCAUAAUAAAAAUAGUUUAUUGGGGGAAAAGGAAAAUUAAUGUUCUCUUCUACCUGUGUUCUUUACCAAAUUGUUAUAUCUGGUUAUGAAACAAAGGUACCAACUUCCAAAUUAUUUAUAUUGCAUAAGAGGCUUAAAUUACUUCAACUGCAGACUAGACCUAAAGCCCUCAUAUUUUCAAAAUCUUUCUGGCCACUGUAAACAUCUUGAAGAAACAAAUGGUUAAAGGCUAGUUCCCCUAAACCAACAAAAAUUUGUACUAGAUGUUUUUAUUUUCACUUAUCAUUAAUGGUUUAAUGUUGGAUUUCAAGAUAUCUUCUAUGUCCUAAUUUAUUUUAAAUAAUUAUUUUGGAUGAAAUUUGAUAGAUGGUAGAAAGUAAUGAAAUAUUGAUUAUUAUUUUUAUUUAAACUAUAGAUUCAGGUAUAUUUAUUUUGUGUAAAAGAAAUCAGCAGAGGAAUAUUCCACUUGCUCUUUAUUGAAUUAAAUGCAAUUUUUAAUUUAUGUCAUAACUCCUACUAAAGUGCCUGACACACAGUAGGUAUUCCAUAGAAAUCUGCUGAAUUAUAGUAGUGAAUGAGGUAACAUUUGACACAUAUUCUUCAUUUUGAGAUUCCUACACUACAACAAAUAUAUGACUAGGAAAAUACAUAGUACAAUGUAAAAUCGCUUACAGUAUAUAAACCAUUUGUAUUAGAUUUCAAAAAGGGAAGAGAAUGUUAUGGAUGUACGUAGUCAUAUAAAUGACAAUCAUUCAUUCAACACAUCGCUCAUUAAUGUCUGUUCUGCAAGGCAAUAUUCUCGAUUCAGGGAAUGUAAGGAUGAAACAAGGCGUCACCUUUAGGGGUUUAACUAUAUUAGGGACAAGGUGAACACACGAGAUACAUGAAUUAGUUGUCCCACAUAUGAUCAAGAAAGCAAAUACAAUGAAAGAAACAACAUACUAUGACAGAGGCAAUAGAGAAAGACAAGGAAAGAAGAAAAAUGGUUAGUAAAGAGCAGGAAGUUAGAUAAUAGCAUAUUAGUAGAAACUUAUGGCAGGGUAAAAGGAGAAAAGGCCAGUUAGGAAGACUUCAUGAAAGAUAUUUUAGAAAGUUUAAGUUUGUGUGCAGUCUGCUUUACACCUGAUUUUAUUUUAUAAUUGGAAAUUUAUUAUCAUCAUACCCAGAACACUUAACCCCUAUUUGUCUACACUUCCACUACCUUCAUAAUUUUGUAUUUAUGCCUUGUGUAACCUUUUCUGCACAUAUUUUUAGUGGAUGAAUCAUUCUAGGCUUUGAAUAGGUAGUAACUUUUUCCAAACACUCUUAAGCAGAUAUCUAGUUGCAAUGGUCAAGAGGAUUGUAAGGGGAAGAGAUUAGAGGUAAUUGUGUGGUAGAAGGACAGCUAGAGAAAAGAAACUAAGUUUGAGAUAGUGGCCUGAGUUGCAGAGAAAGAAGAAAUAUUAGAAUGUUUGAACCACUUCAGAGUAUUUUGAACCUCUGUUGAGAUAGGGUAUUAUUGUAUAUGCUGAGACAACCUAAAUUUUCCUUGGUUAAUAGCUAAUGUUAACUCCUAUUUAUUGGUAAAACAAAGACUUAAUUUAACAUGAUGCUCUAUUUACAUGUUCUUAGACCUUUAGGUGUUAAAAUAUUUAUUAAUUAUCUAAUUUGUAUUCCCACUAAAUUUUUAGAUUGACUUUUUGGCUUAUUGAACAAUGCCUUUUCCAGUCAGAAGAUGUGGAAUAGCCUGAACUUCACACCUGUGUAGAUGCUACCUCCCUGUUACCCUUAAAACACCCCAGUUGGUCUUUACUGACUUAACAAUUCUGCCUACACACUAACUGUGACUAUGUUUUGUUAUCUGGUAAGGCCAACCGCUCCAGGGAUGGGCAUGUCUUUGACACAAUAUGCUUUCUUAGGUUGCUCAAGUCCACAGAGUGCCCCUAUCCCACCUUUAAUUUUGCUCACUAGUCUUAGGUCUGGGUUAUGGAGCAGCAGCUCAGAGUAUUUCCCUCCCUGUGUCUCAUGGCAACCUUUGAAGUACCUGAGGCCAGGAGCUUACAAUCACAACCACUACUCCUCCAAUUGCCCUUCCUAUGUCAUGUUUUUAGAUCCAUUUCCACCUGACUGAAUGUUAAGACAGAAUCCUUGAAACUGAGGGGCUGUCCUCAUCAUACAUAGAAAAGUAUAUGAACAUUUAAGUGCUAAGUUUUCUCUAAAAUAUAUUCAAGAUAUGUUUAUUCUAUUAUUGUAAAUUUCAAUAAAUAAACAAGUACAUAAGUAAAUAAAUAAGAA